AUGCAACUGUCAUCUGUAUCGUUGUUAAUUCCAUUUUUACUACUUAUCAUCGCAUCAAUUAUACUUUUCUGGAAUGGAAAAUCAUAUCCACAAAUAUCUUUAAUACUUAUGAAUGAUUGUCAUUUAUCAUUAAUUGAAAGUGAUCAUUUUAUAUGUGAAUCAAACCACGUUUGGAAUGAACGUAAAAAUGUCUAUCAAAUACAAGAUAAAAAAAACAUGAUGAAAUUUACGAGCAAUUUAUUUUUUCUUUCAAAUUGGGAACCAAAUUUUCAUUGUUCUCAUGCAAGACGAAUUGGUAAAAUGGGUGAUGGUGGUAAAUGGGUAUGUGAUCCUUAUCGAUUAAAAUCUCGAUUAGAUUGUCUAAUAUACAGUGCUGGAUCGAAACGUGACUUUAGCUUUG